AGCCAGCACCAUUCCAUCUUGCCGUCUUCGCUCCCGUUGAGGUUCCGUUUCGUUUCGAUUGCAGGUUGCAGUAGAAGUGGUUCCGAAAAUGACGAACAUUGAUAGUGAUCCACUUUUUACGUCGUUGUGCAACGAAAAGACGCUCCAGUCGCAGAAUGAGGGCUUCUUUAACGUGUUCUACGAGUCGGUAGCUGAUAACUUUAAAGGGGUCAAUACCAACUGGCUAAAGGACGUGUACCAUCGUGUACCGAGCGAUGCCGGCAAGCUGCGCCUGGUGUACGAUGAUCCGGUCGUGGCGUACGAAGUCCAGGGUACGCUCGAGCACGUGAAACCCGUGUUCCGCGGGAAGGAUGCAAAGUUCUCGUGGCAACGGCGGGAGCAGGCGUUGAAGUUGCUGGCUGAAAACAAAACGCAGAUGGCCCUGAUGAUGGCCUGCCAGGCGGUAAUGCGUGCGCCGGCCCAAGGAGUCGACAAGUUCAUAGACAAAGGUCUCACGCUGGCGUUGGCCCUCUGGACCAGAGCGGAAGUGUUCAUUCGCAUGCUGGAUGGAAAGCGAGCGUUACAGGAUCUGCAGCUGGCGGCCAAGUGUGGACUUCCGGUGAAACAAAACGCGGAUUACUACUCGCGGGUGGCUAAGUGUUAUGCACUUUGCGGUGAAGACGCUCGUGCGGAAGUGUCUGCGAAACUGUUCCAUAGUCUUGGUGGCCACAACGAUUAUGCACUUGGUCGGCUAAAGGAAGAUCUGGAGGAUCUACGUGUGUUGAAGCGAGAAACACCAUCGAAUGAGGAAGAGAAAGUCCUUCCUACCUUUACCGGCGAUGCAGCUAACAGCGAACUGAGCGGCGCUUCUUCGAAAAUCAAACUCGUAGGCUCGAAGGAUGACUCACGGGGACGGUACAUUGCCGCGGCAGAAAAUAUCGCUCCCGGUGAACCCAUCCUUGCAGAACCAGCCAUCGCAGCCUGCUUGUAUCCGAAGUUCUUUGGUUCGCAUUGCAACGCUUGCUUCAAUCGAUUGGUCGCUGCCGUGGCCUGUCCUGAUUGCUGUGGAGUAGCUUUCUGCUCGGUGGCUUGCCGUGAUCGUGCGUGCGCUUCCUAUCAUCGAUUCGAAUGUCAGUAUCUCGAUCUGAUGAUCGGUUCCGGCAUGUCGAUCUUGUGCCAUUUGGCACUCCGUAUCGUUCUAGACGCGGGAACACCACAGGCAGCAAUCGAGAAAGGGAAUGCCCUUUUGGACCACCUCUGUGCUCACUCGCAGCUUCGGGAGGCUGAGGAUCACUUCAAGCGCACCCUAAUGACCACGUUUCUGUUGAGCAUCCUGCAAAAGGCGGAAUUUUUCGGACGCCGUACGACGGAAUCACCGGAACCAAAUGAUCUGGAGCUCCAGGUCGGUACGAUCAUACUCGGGCUUCUGCAGACACUUCAAUUCAAUGCGCACGAAAUCUAUGAAACUCGCAUCACGGGAGAGCAUCGAGUUGAUUCGGCUAAGGUGCAGUACCUAGGUGUAGGUAUCUAUCGCACCGCAUCCAUGUUCAAUCACGAAUGUUACCCCGGUGUGUCACGAACCUUCCUUGGAACGUCCAUCAUCUUCCACACCAGUCGUCCCAUUCGUAGUGGAGCUGUUGUUCCAGAGAAUUACGGCCCGCAUUUUCUCCGCCAACCGAAACCGAUGAGACAGCGUAAUCUCCGGUCUCGGUACUGGUUCAAGUGCGAGUGUCGUACGUGUGCCGAAGAUUGGCCACUGCUGGAACGACUCACCGAUGAACCACGUUUACUCUGCCCAACGGACGGUUGUGAGAAUGUGCUAGCCUUCCCGACGAAGCCAUCGAAACGUAGCAUCAAGUGUAGCAAGUGCAAGAAGCAGGUUAACCUAGAACCGAGCAUGAAGAUGGUCGAUGCGAGCGAAGAACUGUAUGCGUCCGCUGCAGAGAUGAUUACGAAUGAGCGUAUCGACGAGGCGGUCGAACUGUUGACGAAUGGGCUGAAGAUGUUUGCACAGGUGGCCGUCCCACCACACAAACCGACCCACAUCGCCGAGGAAUCGUUGAGAGUUUGCUUCGCCGACAAGGCCACUACUAAUCGCUACUGA